AUGGUCAGCUCCUGUUGUGGCUCUGUCUGCUCUGAGGAGGGCUGUGGCCAAGGCUGCUGCCAGCCCAGCUGCUGCCAGACCACCUGCUGCCAGACCACCUGCUGCAGGCCCACCUGCUGUAUGUCCAGCUGCUGCAGACCCAGCUGCUGUCAGUCUGUGUGCUGCCAGCCCACCUGUUGCCGCCCCAGCUGCUGCAUCUCCAGCUGCUGCCAGCCCUCCUGUGGUGGUUCCAGCUGUUGCAGUCCUUGCUGCCAGCCCUGCUGCCGCCCCUGCUGCCGCCCCUGCUGCUGCCUGCGUCCAGUCUGUGGUCAGGUCUGCUGCCAGAGCACUUGCUACCGCCCCACCUGUGUCAUCUCCACCUGCCCCCGCCCCAUGUGCUGUGCCACCCCUUGCUGCUGCUGA